AUGCAGCAACCACCGCCACCACGCUACGUUUUACAGGUGAGUACUGGCAAAUGGCGGAGUCAGCCCCUCUCGCCCGACACUGGGCCAAUAAAAGGGGCUGAACACCUACAAAACUCUAUGGACUACUUUCUGAAAAGAGCCAUGUAUGCAUCGGUCCGUGCUGCAAAUGACGGCAACUGCGCUCAGUGUUUGACUGCUGAGGCACCGAAGGAGUUGGAGUGGUUUGAGACGAGACAUUGUCCAAAGUCAUCGCGGGGUCCCUCAUCUGCUCCGUUAAAUGUCAACCCCAUCAUUGGUCUGUUAUCUGGUGUGCCCCUUUACGACAUCUGUGACGCUCUCGUUAAGCAAAAGGGUGUGAUCUGGAAAAGACAGGAGGACGGGCGUUUACAUGGUGCGGCAUUGGAGCUUAGCUUUGAUGAACUGUACGAUGUUUGCAGACAGCUGGUACCUAAUAUGGUGAGUCGAGAGUACUUGCAUCGAAUGUUUUACUUGCUUCUUGCCAGCGAAGAAAAAGAUGUGUUGCAUUUAUCUUGCUUUUUUUCCUUUCUUGUCGAGCACGCCUUUCACCCGGCGUUGAAUCGCAAUGUAGAUGCGCUUUUCAAAGCGUUUGAUCCGGAUGGUACAGGCGUGAUCUCUGCGACCACGCUGAAAUCCAAAGUUAUUUUUGCGUGGGCGGAGCUGAAUUUGUUUGGAAGCUUGCGAGUGGAGUGGGAAAAGAUGGGCACAGCGCUUGAACUAACGAACGGUGUGGAUCUGCGCAUCGCAGACGGCGCUCGAUUACUCACCCCAAAGGCGGCACGCGCCGUCUUUUGUGCCUCCCGCACGUUGUAUACAGUCAUGGAGUCUAUUGACAUGGAUGAACCCCAUCUCAAUAAGUCAUCAUCGUGA